CCUCAGCCUGGCGAAACAGCACUCGGAGCAAAACAGAGCUCAUUUCAGUACAGAGCAGGAAGCCCCAUAGUACGCUAGCGAAAUUAUUCUAACCAAACACGUGAACUAAAAUAGAAAAAGUUAAUCAAAAGGGAAAACACAACAACUACACAUUUAUUGAUUACAAAUCGGGAUUACCAGAAGAAAAAAUAAUGUUUUCAUUCCUAUACUUAUGGGAAUGAAUUAACCACAACAUCGUUUUUUAAAGACUGGGAUCUUUUGCGAAGUUGAAUGCAGCAAAGUCUUGCAGAUCUUUCAGCAUUGGAUUCCUCAGACCAUCCUACUCAACAAGAGCAGCAGCAGGAUCAUCAGCUGGCUGGUAACCUCUCACCUGAGACAAAAAGCUGCAGUGUCAGCAGCGUCUCCACCUCCUCUGUUUCUCCAGACAGCCAGAGCACCGGCAGCACAGCACCAUGGCUGCAGCCAAGACAGAGAUGCUCCCCUCAGCCCUGCAGAUCUCAGACCAACUGGGCUUCCCCUACUCUCCCAUGGACAGCUACCCCAAGCUGGAGGAGAUGAUGUUGCUCCACUCAGCAGGGACCCCCUUCCUGGCUGCCUCUGCGCCAGAGGGUGUAGGCUUUGGGACCGGGGAGCCAGGAGACUCGUACAACCACCUGACUGGAGAUGCAUUGCAUGACAUCUCUAUCGGCUGUGACAAGUCUCUAAUGGACCAGACCUACUCAACCCCUCGCCUUCCCUCCAUCUCUUACACAGGGAGGUUCACCCUGGAGCCUGCAAACAGCUGCAGCAACAGCCUGUGGGCAGAGCCAUUAUACAGCCUGGUCAGUGGGCUGAUGGGCAUGUCCCAACCGCCCACCUCAGCUGCCCCAUGCUCCUCUGCUGCUCCGGUCAGCUCCUCCUCCAACACCAUGAGCUGGCCCGGCCAAAUCGGCGACACCAGCCCCACCUACUGCAGCGUCAGCCCUGACCUCUUCCCUGACUCUAACCAGUCCUUCCCCAGUCCCUCAAACAGCUCAGUCCAAUACCCACCACCCUCCUACCCCAGCAGCAAGACAUGCUCCUCCAACAUGACUCUGCCCAUGAUCCCAGACUACCUGUUUCCUCAGCAGCAGGGUGAGAUCAGCUUGCUGCCCCCUGACCAGAAGCCUUUCCAGUGUCAGAGCAUCCAGCAGCAGCUCUCCCUCACGCCCCUGUCCACCAUCAAGGCUUUCGCCACACAGACUGGUUCUCAGGACCUGAAGGGCUCCUACCAGUCUCAGCUGGUCAAGCCUGGUUCUCAGGACCUGAAGGGCUCCUACCAGUCUCAGCAGGUCAAGCCUGGUUCUCAGGACCUGAAGGGCUCCUACCAGUCUCAGCAGGUGAAGCCCAGCCGCAUGCGCAAGUACCCCAACCGCCAGUGCAAGACUCCGCCUCACAAGCGACUCUACCCCUGCCCCUUGGAGACGUGCGACAGCCGUUUCUCCCGUUCAGACGAGCUGACACGCCACAUUCGCAUCCACACGGGCCAGAAGCCCUACCAGUGCCGCAUCUGCAUGCGCAACUUCAGCCGCAGCGACCACCUGACCACGCACAUCCGCACGCACACCGGCGAGAAGCCCUUCGCCUGCGAAAUCUGCGGCCGCAAGUUUGCCCGCAGCGAUGAGCGCAAACGGCACACCAGGAUCCACCUGAGGGAGAAGGGCAGGAAGGUGGAGGAGGCGGGGUCCGCCCCCAUGGCCAUCCCUUCCCCAGUCUCAGGGUACUCCUCCCCCUCCACAUCAUACCCCUCUCCCAGCUCUUCAUACUCCUCCCCAGUGCCCUCCUGCUACUCCUCCCCAGUGCACAGCUCCUAUGGCUCCCCAUCGGUCAACACCAUGUUCUCCUCAGUCUCCAGUACAUUUCAGACGCAGGUGUCCACCUCGUACGGCUCCUCCACAAACAUUUACAGCUCCCCAGUGGGCACUCCUCAGUCAGACCUGCAGUCCACCCUCUCUCCAUAGAACAUUGACAUCUGCUAAGACUUUCAUAUCUUUACCUAUCAUUUAUUUCUGUUUGAAAAGAACAAGCGAACAACAUUGUUACCUUUUCGAAUGCACUUUUACUCCCUCUGUGUCCAUACAGCACUUAAAGAUCAUGAAACGUGACAGAUAGCGACAGAGGAUAGAAAGGGAACAGUUUCUCUCUUCAACUCAACCCCAGUACUUCAACCAGUCUUCAGAUAUGUAGAGAGCGAAAAAAUAUUAGGCUUUUGGUGGGACUGUUGAUACUGACAACCUGAAAUUCCAAAAGACUGAUGAUAUGCAAACAGCCCCAUGUCUUAGUGUACCUGUGCCAGGUUUUUGUUUUUCAUCUUUUUUAGACUUUGUAGAUGAUCAUUCUUUACAUGGUAUCAUUAUUGGAGACUUGAUGGCACCAUGUUUCUCUGAAUACGUUUUCUCGUACGUAGCAACAAUGGUGCGGCCAUUUUAUUGGAGAAGAACAAUUAAAGUACUCAAGCAUGUUUACUGUAAGACACAUUUGUUUCUAUUGCUUUGUAUAUUACCUACUGGUACUCUCUUCCCUGUUCCUUUCUUUUUCAACAUGGAAUAAUGAACAUUCUUCAUUAUCAAACAUUUUGGUGCCUUUUUGUGAAGCUUUAGCAAACAAAACUCUGUUUGUGAUUGGAUGUUUUGCAUCUGAAGAAGCCUUAGGGUGUAAAGUGUAUUUUUCACGGAAUGUAAGAGAUUUUAAGGGAUGAUUUGGAGGGAUUCCGAGGUCAUAGCUUACACAAGAAUGUAAGUGGAAAAAAUGUAUAUUUUUAAUAACUUGAAAGUAAAUAUGUACGUAUUCAGGAGUCAAUGUUGUUACCUACUGUGUAGGCAUGGGAUUUUUAUGUUAUUUACAUGCAGUUCAUUAUUUUGUGGUUAUUUUCAUUUGUAAUUGUUAAACCAAGUGACUGUUUUUGGUUUCUAAAGACAUUGAAUGCGCUUAAUUGCCAAGGAUAUUUGGUGUACAUGAUAUCCUUCAAGAAAAGGGAUAUUAAUAAAAUAUCAAUAUAUUAUGAAAAAAUUGAGUUUGCAUUCUAAU